AUUUUCAGUUAAGGUGUCUACGAUUCUAGGUCACUGAUGUUUUCUAAAAAGCAAUCUGAUGGAUCGAGGCGGUUGCUCGAGAAAAAAAUGUACCUCGCUCGAGAAUGUCCAGAUGAUAUAUUUGAUCUGUCUUCGUGUGAACUUAAAAUGAUUCCUGAAGGAACUUUUUCACUUGUUAAGGUUUUACUAAAGACAAAAUUAUAUUUACAACAAAAUUCCUUACAAAAACUUGAUUCUGGUGGUAAACUAACAUAUCUUCAAAAUAUUGUACUGCUUGAUAUAAGUUCAAAUGAAUUUCAACAAUUACCUAAUAAUAUUUCUGAGUUGAAAUGUUUACAGGUUUUAAAUGCUUCAAAAAAUCUAUUAUCAACAUUACCAUCUACCAUCACAUCUCUUUCUCAACUUUUAUUUCUUAACAUUGAAGAUAAUCGUCUUACUGAAUUACCAUCAGAUUUUGGGAAAUUACAACAUAUUACUAAACUUUAUUUGAAAAAUAAUCCUUUGUCAUCUUUACCUAAACAAUUGUGCUAUUUGAAAGAUUUGAAAGAAUUAACUCUUUCCUGCGAUCAUAUACAAUAUCCUACUUCAGAUAUAUGUAAACUGGGACUGACAUCAAUAAUGGAUUAUUUAUCUCAAGAAGAAGGAAUGAAAUGUUAUAAUGUUGUUAUGAAUCAUGAAAAUGUGGCUAGUAAUUACACUUCCACAAAUAAGAAUAAUACUUUUAAUCAAAUGAAUGAACAAAAUAUGCAAAGUUGUUCCAACAAUACAGCAACACCAUCAUCAUCAUUAACUAAUUAUACUAAAAAACGAAACGAAGAAAAUCUUCUAGCCUUAGAAUUAGAACGUCAAUCAUUGGAAAGUCGUUGGACCGAACAAGAAUUAAAUGCUAAAUUGAAUCAAAAUAAACAAAUACUUGUACAAUUAGCAGAAGAAGAAGCACGUGUUUGUGCUGAAUUAUCUGCUAUACAAGAUAAACGAAAACAACAACGUUCCGCAUUAAUUUCUAAUGUUGCACUAGCUGAACAGAAUGCUGCUGAUAUAAUCAAACAAAUACUGACAAUUAAUAAAUCAGCAAAGUUGAUAGAGAAGAUGGAAGAUGUGUUCAAUGCACAUCAGUUUAGUUCUACUGAUUAUACAGCUUUGUCACAAUCAAAACGGAAAGAAAUCCUAGCUUCAAUGCAAGAAAUGUUGUCAAUUACAGACAAUGCUUAUGCAGUUCAUACAAUGAAUUUGAAUUCAACUAAACUUCACAGUCUUUCAAAUAAUAAAGAUUCCACUAAUGAAUAUGUUGAACAAGUUUUAGCGAAUAAACGUGCUGAUCAUACAAAAUUAACCUUCAAUCUUAUGCUAGAGGAAAGUGUUCAAAAAGAAGCUUUUGCUCAGUUACAACGUCAAAAAGAUGGUCAAGUUGCAAGAUUACAAAAAGAGAUAUGCUUAGUAGAAGAAGAACUUUGCCGGCUUACUUUAGCUGAACGGUCACGUGUUAAUCAGCGUACUGAGGUUAAUCAACGUGUUCUUGAUGAGUGUAGAUCUGAACUACUACAAUUGUUAACUCAAUUAAUGGAUGAACAACAAGAUCGUCAAAAGGAAUUACGAAAACGUUUGGAGGAAAUCGAACAACAAAAGAAAGACGAUCAAUUGGACUUUUGGUUAGUUCAAUAUCAACGUGUAUUAAAUUCAAAACCUGUCAAAUUACUUGAUAAGUCCGACUCAGAUGUUCAAAUAAUUCUUAGUAAUGCACAAUCUUUGGAAUUUCUGCCUAAUUUUCAACGACAUGCAAUUACCUAUUCAAUUAUGCAAUCUAUGACAGAUAGUGAUCUUAAGGAAAUUGGUAUUCAUACUCUUGGAGCACGUCGUGAGAUUUUGAGGCAGAUCGGUUUGUACAAAAUGAAAACAAAUGAUGAAGACAAGACGUUAAAUACGAUAGAAUCACUCCCAACACCGUAUGUAACACCAUCAGCUCCGGAGGCUACAUUAUCGAGUAUUGUUGUAUCUGACGAAGUUGUGGCUCGUAUGGAAAAUGAGUGUUGUAUAUGUCAAGACGCAAUAGUGAGUGGAACAUUGUCUUACACAUUUUAUUAAUGUUUCUGAGUACAUUUUUAAUACUAAAAAAAUCCCGACUACCAAAUCCUUCAACUGACUGCGUUGAUCAUCAAAAAGUAUGGGGCCACAAUGUGAUGUUCUAUGUUUAAAGAUUUAGGUCAAUGAUUUAUCGAUCAAAUCUGAUUUCCCGUUUUUGAGCUUUAAUUAAGCGUUAGAUAAUUAUGAUAACUAUGAUCUUAUAAAAUAUAAUUAUCAGGCCAAUUCUCACAGAUAUAUAUACAUCUAUACAAGAAAUAGCCAUAUAGGAUAAUGUUGUCCUUGGAGAAGUAAUAAAAAUCGUUUUACCGAAUUUUUGGUGAAACUUUAUAUAUUCAUUCACACAAUGAAGCGAAUUCAGUGAGACUCUAAUUUAUGGACGAGAUUUGAACGACCACAAAGUGGCCUUGAGAAAAUUCAUCUUCUAGGGUUAUAAAUCAGUUUGCGGAACUAGAAUUAAAACUUGCAGUUGAAUGUCAUGGUUUUCAUCACGAACUGACAUAAGUUAUAAUGUCAAAAUGCUAUUUGGCCACAUGGAUCAAUGAUUUUCGCGCUAAAACCCAAGACUUGUUCAAUUAAAUCUCAUUGAUUCGUCCAUAAA